AUGGCGCGAACGCCCGCGCGUGUCUACGUCGACCUCUUUGCGCGCAUCCAGUUCUCGACCGACCUUGUCCGCGUCGCGGGGAACCGCAAGGCGCUCGAGCUCUUCCUCGAAUGCUACGAGCUCUGCCUUGGGCUCGUCGUGGUGCCCCACCCGAGCCUUGGCCGCGAAUGGCUGCCGUGUGCCGAAAUGUAUCUCUUCCUUGGUCGAUUCGCCAAAGCGCGAUCCUGCGCCCAGCGGGUUGGCGCGUCCCAGGACACGGAGCGUGUCAAGCGCAUCCUCGUGCUUUCUCGCCAGCACGAGCGGGCGUGCGAGACGGUUCGAAGGGCCCUCGAUGUCGCGCACCCGCCCAUGGAUGAUGGUAUGCACGCGUUGAUCGAGGCCAUGGACAGCGUCCUGUCGACGUCGCCGGCCUCGCCGGAAGCCUUGUACCUCAAGACCGCUGUGCUCGUGGCCACCAAAGCGUACGAGAGUCUUGUCGUGUUUCUGGCCUGGCUUCCGUUUCCACUUGUGGCCUCCGACACCAACUUGCUCGUCGCGAACGCGCGAGCGCAGAGUCAUGUGGGUAGUCUCGAUGCAGCCAUUGCCGUGCUGCAGAAAAUGCCACCUGGCCGCCACUCGCCCACGUCGCGCCUGUACCUCGACCAGCUCCAGCGCAUGCAGUCGCUUCGGGCGCAAGGCGUCGCGCUCGUCAAAGGCGGCCACUAUGCCGCGGCCAUCGACAUCUUGACGACAUGCUUGGGUCUUGAGACAGAGAAUGCGCUGUACCAAGCGAGCGUCUUGUAUGAGCGCUCGGGGGCCUUCUUGGGCGUACCAGGAAAAGAGAUGGACGCGAUUCGUGACGCAGAGUCGUGUCUUCGCCUGCAGCCCAACCACGCGCUGAGCCAUGUCCGUCUUCGAAGUGCACGUGUGCAGCUCGAGACGGCCAAGUUGCAGCACCUCGUCUACAAGGAGCAACGAGCAGCAGACAAGGCCAACAAACGUCCGUCGUAUGCCAGCGUCUUUUUCCGGACCAGCGCCCCUUCCAACCUGGCGCCGCGCGACCAGCUGCGCUACUUGAAGUCACAAGCGUCAACAAGAGAGCCCACGAGUGGACCCAAGGCGACACCAUGGCUCGCGACGACACCCCUUGUCGACUAUUACACGACGUUGGGGAUUUCGCCCGCUGCAUCGAUGGACGAAGUCAAGAAGGCGUACCACCGAUGCGCGCUGCGACUACACCCAGGUGACGGCUAUGAAAAGUACCUUGCGGUACAAAUAUGGAUGUAG